AUGCGUUCCACUUCAUUCAUCACUACCAUCUUUUUGGCAGCUUUCCUGUUGGUUAGCGACGUUUUGGCUACUCCACCAGCUUGCCUUUUAGCUUGUGUGGAGAGGGUAUCCAGAAGUUCAUCUUGUGGUUUAAGACAAGUUGCUUGCCACUGUACAGAUGAAAGCGCUGCUUUCAAAAGGUGUUUGGAUAGUAUCUGUCCAAAUAAUAACGCCGGCGCUGCUUGGGAUGCUUUCCGUUCCACUUGUGCUGAACAUGGUGUUGAGGUGAAGCCACAAUCCUCAGAAUCAUCAAGCUCAUCAAGCUCAUCCUCUACUAUGGCUUCAUCCUCAGCAGAGCCAUCUUCCAGCUCAUCCUCCAGUUCAUCUAGUUCUCCUAGCGUUUCACCAACUCCAAGUGGUGACGGUUCCACUCCAAGCAACCCUCCAAGCCACACUCCAAGCAGCACUCCAAGCAGCACUCCAAGCAGCACUCCAAGCAACACUCCAAGCAACACUCCAAGCAACACUCCAAGUAACACUCCAAGUAACACUCCAAGCAACACUCCAAGCGGUUCACCAAGCAAUACUCCAAGCGGUUCACCAAGCCCAAGUGAUGGCUCCAAACCUUCUCCAAAGCCAGAAGACGGUGGAUCUACUCCAAGUAAUCCUCCAAGCCACACCCCAAGCGGCACUCCAAGCAACACACCAAGCAACACACCAGGCAGCAGUCCAACUCCUGGAUCUGGCGUACCUGGCGAUGAUUCAGGUCAACCAGCUAUUUCCGUUUCUGUCGGCAACGAUAGCGCUACUCCAGGUCCUACCCCAACUUCUUCCCCAAGCAGUUCCUCAUCUAACUCUGUUUCCGACCUCUUCACUGGUGGAGGUAACUUGGUUGAUGCUGGUUUCACCUGGGCGGGAUCUCUAGCCCUUUUGUGGUUGUUGUAA